AUGUCACAUAAGGAAAAAAUUAAAUUAAUCAUGCAAAUUUUUGUUAAGACUCUUACAGGGAAGACUAUCACCUUAGAGGUGGAAGGUUCGGAUACCAUUGAAAAUGUAAAGACUAAAAUUCAAGACAAGGAGGGAAUCCCACCCGAUCAACAACGUUUAAUUUUCGCUGGUAAACAACUAGAAGAUGGUAGAACACUUUCGGAUUACAACAUUCAAAAGGAAUCAACACUUCACUUGGUACUCAGACUACGUGGUGGUAUGGAAAUCUUUAUCAAGAGCUUGACUGGAAAGAUCAUUACUUUGAAAGUCGAGGAUUCAGAUAGCAUUGAGAAUGUUAAGAGCAAGAUUCAAGAAAAGGAAGGUAUUCCACCCGAUCAACAACGUCUCAUUUUCGUCGGUAGGAUUCUAGAUGAUGGAAGAACUCUCUCUGAUUACAACAUUCAAAAGGAGUCAACUCUCAUUUGGUUCGUAAGUAAGGCUCGUCAUAGUUAUAAUCAUGAUUGA